AUGAGCAAUCGCAAAAAACAGCGGGUGUGCCCCAACCCACUCUUCCUGAAAUGGCUUGAAGAUUGGCGGGACGAAGCAAAGGAGAAAAACUCUAAGCUACAAUACACUUACGGCAAGGUAAAAGAAAUCUCAUUUCCGAGACCACAACAAGAUCAGAAUAUAAAAUACAUGUAAAUCGCUGGGACAAGGGGAUUACGGGAAUUGAAAUGAACUGUGGUUUAUGAGACGUGAUUGGAAACACGCCGAAUGUACACCUGACUGGCUUUUAGCGUGUAUGCUGCUUUUUUAAAAACUUAAAAGUUACCAUUUACAGUCGAACUUGUGUUAAGUGGUCACCCUCGGGGAAUGGCUAAGUCAGGGCUUUCAACCCCCCACGUCUUCAAAUAUCGAGAAUUGAUGAGGGAGGGGUGAUAGAUGAUGUCAUAAUGCACGAAACAUGACGUCAUUUGUGCAAAAACACGGGCAAAAAAGACGUUGUUGGAAUAGUAACAUUUGACCUGAUUGGUUUACUUAACAACCAAUCAUGAUCACAUUAUGACAUAUAUUACAAUGGCAUACCAGAGUUUCCGAACAAGUAAUUGACACUGUGUGACCAUUUAAUACAGGUCAAGACAAUAGAAAAAGUCCCCUUGGAACUUUGCAAAUGGUGACCGUGAUCAUUUAAUAGAGGUGACUGCUUAAUAGAGGUCGAAAUUACAGUACAUCAAGAGAAGUAAUUUUUGAGACUUUGAAAAAUGACCACUUAAUAGAGGGUGACCUCUUAAUAAGGAACUGGAAAUUCCGGUUUAUAGAAAAUCAAAUGCUUCACGCCAUUCUGUUUGAGAAGUAGCCUGCAUAACAGGCGCUUUAUGAGCCAAGCAAGGCGAACACGGCAUUUUGCGUGAAGCAUGAGGCAAGGGGAAGAGAUAAAGAAACAGCUUCUGUUAUCUGAGUCCAUUGUUCUGGCUCUUCCGCCCACCUACACCCACAAGUAUUGACUGACAGCAGUGAUGUCAAUUAAUAGAGUUCACCAAUCAAAACACGAUCCAUUAUAUGCGCAAUAGUUGCCACCUCUCUUGCUACCAGAAAUACCUACAGUAGCAUAAACCACAGGAAAUAAUUACUCAAUCAGUGCAUGAGUCAUGUCUAAAUGUGACUCAGUGCACCAAAAAAUAAGAUUUAAAGUCAAAGUUAAGAAUGUCCAAAGACAAUGACGAGAAAGUAAAGAGGGAAAACCUGUUGUUCAAACAAACUCUAUGGUCAUGUUUCACAUUACCACCAGCUUAUGAGUCAUGUUUGGCCUGUCAACACUUUAUUUCAAAAAGUUUUUAAAUCAGCAUUUUUCCAAACCCAACUGGAAGCAAUCCAAGAACAUCCUUCCUCUUUAGCAAAAAUUUAAGUGUUUAUAUAUUUUUAUACCUUGAACAUUUUUGGAAAUAAACGAAGAGCUUCUCGAAGAGCAUCAUCAAAAUAACAUGAGUACGUGACGGCCAAUUUUGUUCCAGACGAACAUUCUAGAAUUUCGCCACAACAACGUGUCAUCAAUUAACCAGUUGGAGCAUGACAUUCAUGUAGUGAAUGUGAGAAGAGCAAGAAUAAUGGACUGGUAACAGGCACUUUAUUUUUUUUCGUCUCCUCACCUCGUGCUUCGUACUCGUCUUGUGCCUUGUACAAAAUGCCAAAUUUGCCUCACUUGGCCAAUAUAAAGUGCCUGUUAUGCAAGCUAUUUGGGAAGCUUCCAAAAAUGAGGGCUGUGAUUUCAGGCGAUGCAAUUUUUCUACUCAUUUCUGUUCAGCUUAUUUGGAUAUACAAAAACUGUAGUUUGUAGCGUGUUCUUCUCCCACGACAUCAAAUUAAAUUAUAGUUUUAUAGUUUCUGUACAAGAUUUUUCCCGGGUGGAACCUCAGGUUACAUGUACCUUAUGUAUAAGUCUCCCCCCCCACUCCCACCACCCUCCCCUAACCCCUUUGCCCCUGUCUUAACAGUUAAUUCUACUCUCAUACUUUGAAAAGUCUUAAUGAAAACUCUUCAUAAACUGUGUUUAUAAGAGUGAGUCCGUUCAGUCCUUGGAAAAUGCGCAUUUAUUGUCUGAUUAAUAUUAACCAACAAAAGAGCUCUGGGGCAUACAUGUUUCAUAAAUCUUCCUGUCAGACAAUUAUAACAGCUUGAAAAAUCUUCAACACCUUCAGGUAUGUUAAGAAAAUCUUCAGACAUCUUUGGAUAUGACCGGGACCUCUACAAAAAUUUCCUGCACUCUUGUCAGCUUAGAAAUCUCAUGCCUUUGAUAAAAAAUAAUGUUGGUAGGGUUAUGUUUUAGUUAAAAGUUUUCGUUAUGCAUCGGCCAUUCAAAUGCCCCAUCCUUGGUCCAAUUUAGCAGUGAUUUUCAGAAGCUCCAGCCCCCAAAAUUCGCCAUUAAGUUGACACAUUAGUACUGGUUCUCACAAUAACAUUUUGGGGUGGGAUAAUAAUAACAAGUAGUGUUUGUUUCCCAACACUUGUGUGAUAAAAGUAGACAUAAUAUAGAUGAAAAAAAAAAGUAAACAUGAGUAGAAUAUAAUAAAAUUGCAAUGGCUAAAAUUCUUUUCUUUUUUGCUCAAAAUACACUAAAAUGCACUUUUUAGGGUUCGCAAAUUAAAUAUCCCGAGGAAAGUCCCUGGACUACACGAAUGGAAGAGGGGCAACAUUCAUCCCAUGCCUGCCCCAGCCUAUACUCUUACUUUGAGCACUUUGGCCAAGAACAUUAACAUAAUUAUUAUACAGGGGGCAACAGUCAUCCCAUGCCUUUGUGUUUGCCCCUUUUCUUUGCUUUGUUUUGACACCUCUUACUUUUUGAGCACUUUGUGCCAAAAACAUUGAGAACCAUAAUUAUAUAGGAGUAAUUUCCCUUAUUGCAGUGUAUUUUGUUCUUUUUAGGCUGCUUCAGCUGUAAGGAAGUAUCCUUUACCUCUGCGUUGUGGAAAGGAUGCAAUGAUUCUUGAUAAUAUUGGUAAGAGCUUAAAAAGUUGUAUUAAGGGUGACACAAGUAUGUUAAGAGCAUAAGGCAGAUUGAUUCUAAGCCUUCAGCUGAAGAUGUGGGAAGCAGAAAGAGUUUCUUUACCUGAAGCUACCUAUUGUCCAUAUUUACGUUGUGAGGUGCCAGUCUGAUAUCCUUAUGUUUCAGAGAAUGCAACAAAGUGCACAGAGUCAUAUCCAUUGGUUUUAGUUAAAUUUCAACAUAAUGUUAAACAGCAACUGAAAGCAUGUAUUCUGCAGUGCAGGGUUUGAAAUUUUUGCACUUCAAGGUUGCUUGUGCCCAAACCUUCCUGUCAUGGUCAUUAUCACCAUCUGAUCGAUCUACUGUAGACCUACCAUAGGUUCUUGUAAUAAUACAAUGUGGUCCAUUGUUUUGAUAAUUGCAAAUAUAUUAUUAUCACUGACUUUUACUUGCAGUGGAAGGUGUGGUUGCAAGGGUUGGAGAAACUUACAUGAGCUUUUAUUAAAAUAGUCACACCCGCAUGUUUGCUCAUGAACCUGCAAAUAUUACUUUCUGAAACAUUGCUCUGUUCAUUUUUUAUGAACUUAAGAUAGUGUAAGUGAUAUGGCAACACUUCCUUAGCAAGUUCUCUAACCGGUGUUUGUCAACCCUGCGGAAAAGUUCUUACCUAGUCUUUCUGUCAGUAGUAAAUCUUUUCAUGAGAUCGGCAGAAAAAAAUGUUUACAGUCCAUAUUGUUUUGUUUUGACUUCACAGGUGAGAUGAUUGCUCGCAGGCUUGAUGAAGCUAUGGCAAAGUAUAAUGCCAGUAAUCAACAAGGUGCAUUAAGGGAUAAUUCUCUGGCAUAAAUUAACAAAUCUAUCAAAUGCUGUCUCCAUUGUCUCUAACAUUAACCCAUUCGCUCCUGGAGAUUUUGCCGAAAAACGCGUUUUGAAGCUAGUCGAGUGGUUUUCUGGUCACUGUCGUGCUAUAAAGAGCUAAAACUUACCACAAACCGGUUUACAGGUCGUACACUUGGCGGCCUUCUGAUCCAGAUGCAAAAUAUCAGCUUACGAAGUUCGGGCAUGCGCAGAAAGCAAAAUUUCGACAUAGUUUUUGGGUUUAAAAGUGACACAGCAGUCUUGACUUUUACUUUUCGCUUUCUCUCCUCCCUUCUUUUUUCGCUUUUCUUGCCUCAUUUUUUUUCUCUUGCUGGGCAUUUAGUAGGCUUCAUUUUGGUGGGAAGAGUUUUUAGGAAAGCUUUUAGGAUCUUAGGAUUAGGUGAAAGGAAAGGUAGGUGGGUAAUGGAACAAGAUUUUCAUGGAGAUUUUCAGGUCCUUGUCACGUGGUUUUUUUGCUUCUUUCUCCGGUGUUCUUGACUGAAUUGUGCUCAUUCUGGUAUGGUUUGAAAGAUCUCUUCACUCUGCACAAGUUAGCGAAGAAAGUUGUCCUUGACUGUUAAAACUGAUGAUGUCACAAAGGGUAGAAAGGACCUGGAUCCGCACGGGCGGUUACGGGCGGUUCAGGGGCGAAUGGGUUAAAGCUCCAAAGCAAUGUAGACUGGUUGUAGUUUGAACUAUAAUUUACUUUACUAUAGAUAUUCUUGCCUUUGAGACUCUCUUAACCCUUUAGGUCCCAAGAGUGACCAACAUCAAUUUCUCCCAACAAUAUCAGCAGAUCAUCAAAAAGUAAAGGUUAUGAGAAUUACUUAAUUGAUUACUAAUGGGAGAAUGCUUUGAUCUUAAACCAAAUUCUCUCAACUAUUCUUAAAAGAAAUGUAUGGAGAUCUGUCUGGAGAAUUUGUAUGUGGAUCUUGGGACUUAAAGGGUUCAUGCUUUAAACCCUAAUAUCAAAAUUCAAAUUCCCAUUUGUUAUCGCUGUACACUUUCAAUAGAAGUAGUGGGGAGAAUUUGUCGAAGUAUCAAUUAGAUUCAUCUAGUGUGAUCAUGUCCUUAAUACUCAUGACCACUCUGUUUUACAUUUGCAUUGAUAUUACAUGGAGAAAUUUGAUGCUCAUCACUCUUAGGGCUUAAAGGGUAAAUCUUCCUUUCCUUAUAAUGUCCCAUUGGCAGAUGAGGGACAAGGGACGGGAUGGCUGGAACAUGCACCAGCUGUUGUACAUUAGAGUGAAGGAAACCUCAUAAUAAAUAUAAGCUAUUUAUGUUGUUAUUUAUUUUUUUCUGUAGCUGUUGACAGUGAUGAUGAACAGGAGGAGGAGGAAGAGUUAAGAUCAGAUGCAAAUCCUUUGGAUCAGACAAUGUGUGUUCCACCACCUCCAUUAGUGGAUUUAGACAAUGAUCCUGCAGUGAAAAAAACACCUAAGGUACGAUAGUAUUGUGCUAGAUGAUUGUCCUUACAAAACACAGACUGCAAGACAGUUGGUUUUUCAAGGCAUGAAGCGCUGGCUUUAGAGUCUCACUCUCUGUUUUCACCCUUCUUUUAGACCUUUUAUUUGACUGCUAGCAUGUUCUUGACCUUUCCAAAAAAUACUACAGACAUGUAUCAGGGUUCUUUGACACAGGGAAGUCUAAUGGUUUAGUUUCCAGUGUUAGUAAUAAAAUUAUUCAAAAAAUGAUAUACCGGUAAUUAUAUUUUUUUAAUGUUAUAUGAAUGAUUGCAUAUUUUAGAAGAGGAAACCCAAGAAGAAAGUUGUGCGAGAAUACAUCCCCACAUACAGAUCAGGACCAUAUGCUUUGAUGCUAACUUUGUACCAAGAAAGCCAGGUUGUUUACGGUUUAGUCAAUUAUAUGGUACCAUUGAAUUUUAGUUAUUGAAGUGAACUUUUCACUUCAUUAUACAUUAUUUAUCGAAAAAAAUUCAUUGUGUUCCAAUGAUGCAGCCCCUAUUGCAUCUCUAAUAGUACUUUUCUCUGUUUUGACUCCACUUUUACUGCCUCCACAUAAAAUUUUUUAAGAUCCUUUUAUUGAUUAAGAAAGCCAAGCGGCUCUCUUUGCUUUCCAAGAAUUCCUGGAAAGAGAGAGUUGACACCCUAUAAGCCUGGAAAGCCAAGAGAAAAUAUUUCAGGCUUUCCUGAAUUCUCCAUAACCCUUCCCUGCCAGAAGAGUUCUAAUGGUAUAUGGCUAUUACGUCAUCCAAGAUUUUUGUCUGAAUUUGCAAUUUUCAUGUAGACUGGCUGAUGGUUAAUGUUUUCGUUAUAUUUUGAACAUGUAUGAUGUAUAAUGAAUUGUUUUUACUUUAAAGAGACCUAACUAUAGAGGAUACAUGACAAGAGCCGAGUUGCAAAAAGAAGCCCAACCUUUCUGUGAAGCAUCCUUCACUAUGGUAAUUACUGUGUUUAAUUAUGUACCUAUUACUUGCUCCAACAAGCUCGAUAAAAAUUCUUACAGAAAAUAUAGCUUGCUAAACUCAUGUGCUAGUAUGUACAGUACUCAUGAAUCAUAUACACAGGACUGCAUAAAUUAAUAUAUUUCAUCUUGUAAGAGUCAAUUAAUUACAUGUACAAUGUAACUACCUACUGUCAUAAUUAUCAUAAUAAUAUUAGUGUAAAGGACUGUCUUGUGACCUGAUUCAAGUCAGACAAAUUUGAAGCGAUUUAAUUAUGAGGUUAGUGACUAACAAUUUGCCAUUUGCACAUCUCUUAUAAUACAUCUUGUUUGCCCCCCAAAAUUUUGCAUAACCUUUGUUUUUUAUUUCUUCUGGGAAUUACAGUCUUCCCAGGAGAAAUUGAAAACAAUGCUUAAUAUGCAAAAUUUGGGGGGACAAACAAGGUGGGUUUUGGGAAAAGUGGCAAAUAAAAAAAUGUUAAUUUUGACAGCCUGACCCUGGAAGUCAUUACACAGCUUGGUCAUCUAUGUCCACCUUGAUCAGAAAAGGCUUUAUCAUCAAAACAAACAACCCUGCUAGGUAAAUUUGUCUCACAUAAUUACAUAUACCCAUAUAUGUAUGUAUGUCUACAUGUACAAAGGAAUUGUAUAUUAAGUGUAUGUACCUUAUUACUUGAAUUUUUGGUGACUUAAGUUCUUUAUAUCUACCUUAUUCACAAAUUUGAAUUUUUGUUGAUCUGGGUUUGACUUAAGUUCUUUGGGGAAGGAGAGGGGCACGUUUGAGCGAGAACAAAGGUGUGAAGACUGAAUGUAAGAAAUUUGGAGAAAAUUCAAGACAAAUGGCUUCUGUUUCAACGAUUUGCGACGAGUAUUGUAGUAAACUGAAAAGUACUGGUACAAUCUUCCUUGGCAUCUAGUUCUCCAGCUGAGUUGCAUUCAGAAAUAAAAGCUUAAUUUUUGCAGGCAACAACAAGAGCCUGCAAUCCUAAUCUCCAGGUUGUUAUUACUCAUGCAUCGCAUGUACGUUCUCAGCAUUCGUUUGGACUUCCACUAAGAAUGAGUGGAAUGCACAAAACGCAAUUUGAUCACGCGCGUUUCGUAAUCUGAUCACGUGUGUUUUGACCAUCUGUCACAUGAAACUUACGCAAAGCACAGAGAUGGAGCAAAUGCAUUUGGACCUCUGAUCAUUGUCGCCCGCACUUUCUAACCUUCAGUUAUUGCUAGUUUUAAUUGCUAAUGUGAAACCUUUGCCUUUUUUUUGUAGAUACUCCUUGACAAACGCAGGUUGUGAAUUAGCAGAAAAGCUGGAGACUGUAACAGGGGAGAGUUUGUCACCAGGGACAAGUUCUGCUCCUCCAUUUACUGUUGACUGUACUCAGUCUCCAUCAAGUUGCCGUUCAGAUGAUAAAACACAUGAGCUAAAAUUUAUGGCUUCAACUACUGAAAUGCCCUCCUGGAACUCAAAACCAGUGCAACUUGUAUGUCUAGAUGAGGAUGAACCUGAAGAUGUCCCAACGAAACCCGCAAGCGGUUAUAGUUUUACCAGCAUAAAAGAAACGAGAGAAGAAGGAAUUAAAACAAGGUAAGCAAAGAUUUUUUGUUACGUUGUUUAGUUACAAAGGGGCAAAAUAGAAAAGCUAAAACCCGAUGCAGUCUGUUAUUGGCAGUAGCUGGAAACGAUUUAAAACUGGCAUUAACAGAAAAUCACUUUACUUUGUUGCCUGCAGGACACAAGAGGAUGAUCCAUCAUCAGUUACUUCUGACUUUAUCUUGAGACCAGGUGAAUAUAAAUAUUAAUUGACUAAAUUAGGCAUCAAAUUUAUUGCAUGUGAUCAGACAAUUAUCGUCACAGUGUUUAAAUGUCUCCUAAUAUAGCUAUAGCUCUACAUUUGGCCACUUUGUUUGACCUGUCACAUGCACUCCCUUUUGUUUGAACCCCUCUACUCCUCUACCUCAACUCUUCUCCCAUGUUUGCUGAGUGCAUGUUUCACUGAACUGUUUCAUUCUAAUAAGGGAUUCCUGAAUUAAAGCUGCAGGUCAGUUCUGAAUACAUGUAACGUUAGCCUGCCUCGCAAACAAACAGCAGGAACGGGGAAUGGGCGUAAAUGUCAUGAGCCCUUCUGCGUGAUUGAAUUGCUCUUUCCCUUGCCUGCAAGGCACAUAUAAAAGAGAAGACUUGAGGUUCAUUUUUCUAAGGAUAGAACUUAUUCUAUCUAAGCUAAUGAAGAAAAGUUUAUGUUUUGCCCGAAACAUUCCCACCCUUUUAAUAAAUGUAGGUUUGUAUUAAUGUGUGAUUUUUUUUAUCACAGGAACAUUUGACAUUAUUUUAUGUGUUGAUGUCAUUGAGACAACUGGAGGGCAAGCCAAAUCAAGGAAAGAAGCUCUUAUACCUGAACUGAAGAAAAAUGGUAUGAGAUGGUUCGUUAUUGGUGGAAGUGGUUAAAGUGCAACUAAUUGCCUUGUUGAGGAAUUAAAAUACUUUUCACGUGUCUUGAUAGCACCUGAGGGGGGAUGGGUAAGCAUAUCUUCUGCUGUCUGUAAUGGAUAUUAAAAGUUCUGUGACUGAGUAGUAAUGACUGACAAGUUGAGUUAAAAGAGGUCCAAUAAGGCCAAGAGAAUCCUCGUCCCUCAGGACAGAGUCAGUCGGAGAAAUCUUAUUUGCCUGAUUAGAUCUAGAAAUGGAUUUGAAAGUAUGAAAAAAGGAAACACUUUUUUUGCGUCAAAGUUGUGUACAUCGGCGUUGAGAAAAUAAUCCAUUUUUUUAAGGACCAGCUUUGUUUUUAAUUUCUUUCUCAGGAGUGCAGUUUGAUGUUCGAAAGCUGCAGCUUGGUGACUUCCUUUGGGUGGCUCGUGAAAGAACUACUCCUACACCUGGUACGUCACUGCAAUCUUCUGUGUUUUGUUUAAAGCACUGGCAAGUUUCUAAGUAGAUUCGCACGUGUGUCUCGCACGUGUGUGUUAGCUACGGGGCUAAAUCACUCCGUAUCCGGUGGGAGGGGAGGUUAUGCUUUUUUACUUGAUACUCAAAUUCAGUUGACCAGCCUGCGGUGUGUAUGUGUGUUGGGGGUGGGGGGGGGGGGGAGGUUUUGUGUUUGCGCAAUUUCGUCUUGCCUUAUUCAUAUUUUUUCAUUAUCAAGAUGCUACGUACCAGCUGAAUUUUAAGAACGCGAUCUUUGGUAGCCUUCGAUAGCAGAGAAAGAUCGACGUCUGCCUCCCCAGUCAUAAUCUUUGCCGGCGACGUAGAAUCCAUGGAAAGUGGACUUGCCAGGGGCACUUAACGGCAAUUUUCGGGAAAAUAUCUGUUCGGAAGACGAUUUGAGAACUAGAAUUUUCGGAGCAUUUGUUGUAAAAUUUCUUACGUGCCUGCCUCUCCUAGGAUUUUCGAACAUCUACAAAAUGGUAUAAUUACCCAUUUCAAACGGAUAUUUACCCUAAAAAAGGCCAACUAGAAUUUUCGGGAGCCUUUUCCUGGCUGAAAUUUUCGAAAAGGUAAGUUUUGAUCCCUAUAAUUUUCGGAUCACUAGACUUUCAGCUAGGAAAUUCGAAUAGAUGAAAAGUUUUUAGGGGAUAAAAAUAUGCCUAUAUCUACCGUUUAAAUACUAAAAUACGUCCAACAAUGCUAUGUUAAGUGGUUUUGAACUAUAUCCUCGUUGGGUGCCCCUUGACGGCUUUUAUUUCCUCUCCUUUUCUCUUUAAACAUAUCAUACAAAUUUAAAUCUACAUAAUUGAAAGUUACAAUAACUUCACAGGGAUUCCUAUUUAUAUUGUCAACUUCUCUUCCUGUCGGUAAAGCUCUUGAUGUGGUUAUUAGUGAGAUGCUUAGUUUGGAAUGUUUCAGGUUGUUUGUCAGUUCCUGUCGCUCGUGAGUUGGUGCUGGAUUACAUAGCUGAACGGAAGAGAAUGGACGAUCUCUGUUGCAGUAUUACCGACGGUCGUUUCCGCGAGCAAAAGGUUUUGUUUAUAAAUCUUGUCUUAUACUUCUUUGACGGCAGAGGUUGUAUUAAAAAUUGUGAUGCACUUGCAAAGUUAUAGCUUUGCUUGUUAAACCUGUUGCUUUUUUGACGUUCUCUUUGCUGUCGCAGUAGUUGUUACUUGUUCUCCCUAACAACUCAUGGAAAGGUAGGCCUUUUACAAUGUCCGUGUGCUGCAAGCUCAUAACAAAACCAUUCUUGCAUUCAAGUUGUAUCAUUUUCAACUAGAAUUUACUUAUUUUUUGACUUGCAUACUAGAUACUAACAAUUUUGAUACAGCUUUAGCAGUGCGUUUCUUUGUAAUAGCAACCCGAUGGAAAGGUUAAAACUUUCAGAUUUUCCAAAAAAUUACCAAAUGAAUCAUGAAAAAAUCCCUCUUCAUUCAACCUGGAGAUGUAUAACUAUCACUUUUGUUCGCUUGUUGCAGUUUCGUUUGCGUCACUGUGGCCUUAAACAUCCAAUCUAUCUCGUGGAGGAUUUUGGUUCCAUACAACACAUGAGCCUUCCAGAGAGCACGCUGUUACAAGCUAUUGUCAAUACUCAGGUUGGUUAGAAGCUCAAACCUAUUUUGUUUACGUGUCCCCGUUAAUUCAAACUAUAUGUAUGUUAACCCGAAUUAGCCGCAAAUUCGGACUAAUGAUUACGUUCCCUCUGGCUAAAUAUUAAGUACAUUUUACCCCGCUAACUCGUAGUUUUUUUUGUUUUGUUCUGUUUUCGUUUUGCGAGUUAAGGUUAGCAAGUUUCUACUGUACUUGCUGGUACUAUAGACCACUAGACAGUUGUACAAUUUGUCACUUCCCGCUUCUCAGAACGGCUCUUUAACAACUGAGUUAUCAAUCAGAAUGAAGUUUGGUGUGUCUGUGGUAUCAUCUUGUUUCCCCGGCUUUAUGCCGUUCCCUAAUUGUUUUUUUUUUAUACUUUAGAUCGUAGAUGGAUUUUUUGUUAAGCGAACUCAUGACCUGAAGGAGUCUGUUGCCUACUUAACAGUGAUGACUCGACACUUACAGAAGAUUUACUCAGUAAGUUUCAGCUACAUGUGUCCGUUGUUCGAUAUUCUGUGUAAAUAAGGCUUAUUUUUGUCCUUAUCAAAUGGCGCAAAUUGACUUCGCAGUUUUAUUGCGAGAGAAGUUGUACGAAAUUUUUUUCGCUGGCGGGGCAGCGUUACAUACCCCAAAGUGAACAUGUUUCGCAACAGAAAGAAUUGUGUGUUGUAGGGUCAGGAGGGUUUUUCUUGUUGCGGCUGGCCAAUCAAAAAAUGGACAUUACAUAAAAUAAUUAAUUGGAUUGUUGUGAUGAUGAUCAUGAUGAUUAUAAUUAUUAAAUCAUAACUAUAAAUAAAUUCUCAAAUUUUAUUUGCUUUUCAGCCCUAAUAGGACAGUACGCGUCAUGCGCAAGUUAAUUGGACAGUACGCGCCAUCGCACGCGCGCAUAAGCCAUUUAAAUGGCUUUUUUCACUCUGCUACCAAAAAAAACUCUCGGAACUUUUUGUGUUUUGAUUUAGAAAAACCUAAAUUGUCAAAAAUUUCGUUGUAAUUAUGAUCAAUUGGUAACAAAACUUCUUGUCGUCCACUUCGGUCCGUAAUCAUACUCGUGAUUAAACGUAUCGGACUCCCGCUUCGCGAUCGUCCGAUUUUGGUAAUUAUUCGUAUGACUGCAGACCGAAUUGGAUUCCACUCAGUCCUAUAUAACCAUUAUUUAUAGCCAGAGUAAUUACUAAAUAACCACCUAAAUCCAUUUCACACAACAGGAUAUGUGACCCAAUGAAAAAGACCACGACAAAUGGUUUAAGGGUUGUGAUACAAAUCUGAAAACUACGAUGAGCAGUUUGUUUUAUCAGUUUUAUCAAGGAAGGGAAAGUUAGGGCACCUUUAUAGCCACCUAAACUUCGAAAACAAAUAUUAAAUGACGAGAAUGUCGUCAACGCUGCCAGUGGCGGAGAAAAAAUUGACAUAGACAGAUUAGUACUGAUACCGCUAUGAUUUUUACCACUUUUUUAAAAAACAGAAUAAGACACUAGUAAGCUGUCGUCAAGGAGGAUUGGAAGAUGCACGUGCGAACAGCAGCACGUUUGGGAACAACAGAUUGUACCUCAUGAAUUUCCGAGACUUCAACGAUUCAACUGUUAAGAACAAGGUACUUGACAAGAUUCACUUUUGUUCAUUAUAACUUGUGUCUGUGUGUUUUUUUUAUGCUUUAUUACAACACAGAAAGUACAGAAUAUUUACAUAUACAAAUAGAGGGGAAAAAGGUUACAUGACAAAUACAUUAAAUAAUUAGAUAUUGUUGUUGUUAUGACAUUUACUAAACUAGAUAUCUAAUGCUGAUUGUUAAGCCUAUUCUUAUCGUAGACACGGAAAAAACAAACCACAGCAGAGGCAUUUCUUUUCUGCAUUCUAUGCGCUAUCGUAGAUUGAUUCUAUUAACAAAUUCCGGUAGGAGUAGAGCGUCUUUGCUUAAUUAUAACUUGUGUUCAUUUUUAACUUAAAGUGCUUUUUCCAUCGAACCCUUCAACUUUGCGGACGUUGUUGUGACGUAAUACAGGGUAAGCGCGCGCUCAAUGUGAUUCUAAAUCUACCGUAAAAUUCCGGAAAUAAGCCCAGGGGCAUAUAUUUUUCAAAGGCCCUUUUUGAGGGGCUUAUUUUUUUGAAAGGCCUUAUAUUCGGAGGGGCUUAUCUAUGGAGGGAAAUUUGCGUUUAAAAAUCGACUGGUCUAGCCUUAUAGUUGGUUUGCACGUGACGUCACGGCGGCCAUGUUGGUGGUCAAGAACGAAAGCAUUUCUCUCCUCUGGGAACUAAACUCUAUUUUCAUGAAAAGUUGGAAGGAAAUUAUUUUUUUUUUGGCCGCCUUUUACGUUUGAAUAGUUUGAGGGCAAAUGUACCUUUUUUGCUUUCUUUUACUUUGUGUUUGAGGGCAAUUGCCAAGUACAAGCCCCCGGGGGGCGUAUAUUUGGAGGGAUGAUUUAACGGAGGGUUUUUUGCGUUACGGGUUUGGGGGGCUUAUAUUUGGAGGGGCUUAUACACGGAGGGGCUUAUUUUCGGAAUUUUACGGUAACGUCCUUAGUGAAUAGAAGACGUACCUUACGUUAAAACUCUUUUUGAAUUUUACCGUAAGAGUAGCAACGUAAACAACGCAAACUUAUGAAAAUGGUAGGCAGGUAACUAACCAAAGUGACAUUUAGUCUAGUUAAUCUGGGAAUUACUAUGAUAUGAGUAGAAAUGUUGGUGUCAUUUCACGGCGCUCACAAAUCAUAAAUAGUCUCUCUUGCGUUUGUACCACAUCUACUAAAGGUGAUGACUGUGAGUGAAGUAUUUGCCAAACAGCUCAUGCAGAUCAGUGGAGUAUCACCAGACAAAGCAGUUGCGAUCUUGGAAAAAUAUCCAACACCUAAAAGGUAUGUUCACUCUACCUUCUUUUUUAGUUGCUAAGUGCAAUCUAGAUUUUUGAUUGGAAAAGUUUUGAUAUUAAAAUGCGUUUUUUCAUGAGAGGCUUCCAUGACAAAGGAAUCAUGGACGUUCGUACUGUACCCUUCUUUUGUUUGACUCUAGACUGCUUGAUGCUUAUAAAUCUCAAGGGAACACGAAAGACAGGGAAUUGCUUCUUUCUUCUCUGAAGUGUGGCAAGAAUCAAAGGUAUUGUUUGUUUCUGUUCACAUUAAGACCCUGUUUACAUGGAGUGGGGUACCCCGGUCUAGUGGGGUAGGUUUCUUUUGUUUUGUGUGCCCCAGAGCGUGAAAACAAAAGAAACCAACCCCACUAGACCGGGGUCCCCCACUCCAUGUAAAAAGGCCCUAAAAGCUGAAACUCCAGAAGUGCUACUCUUUAUGUAAGUGUUGUAGUUCAUUUAUUCAUUCUUUUCUUGUUUUCCGGAACUAUGAGGUAUAUAUUGUUGACCACGCACCGGAAAGAGUUUUAAAAUAACCUUAUUAAAAUACAUCGUCCUUUUUUUCAGAAAUUUGGGUCCGUCUCUCAGUAAAAUGAUUUAUCAGCUGUACUGUUCACCUGUUCUGUCGUAAAUUUGCUGGAUUGACUAAAUAUCUACAUAAGCUGAACGUCCAUACGCGACUGAGAAGCCGAGCAACAACGUUGUGCUCGAAAACCAGCGAAGGACACAAAAACGGGACAAGUUUAAUCUACCAGUUGGACAAUUUAAUCCUGCCACCAUCAAGUCCGUCUCGAAAAUGGAAAUUACGUCAGUCUUUGAAAAAUGAAGUUGAGACAAGAGGAUCACCGUCUCGAUUUAAAGUACAGUGUCUUUCUUCGCCCCUGUUGCAUGAAGUGGUAACCAUGGUAACCAUGCAGUAA